AUGGACGACGAGCUGGCCAGGGAGCUCCAGCUGGCCACUUCGGACCUUUUGGACCUCGAUGCUCUCCAUCUCUCGGCGCCGUCCCGCCCAACAUCCUCGCACAGCCGCACACUACGGCCCUCGAUCGACAUACCCGCACCCACCUUCUCCCCAGAGUCAAAGUUGGAACCGAUAUACUCGCCCUCCGACGUGCGCCCACCCUCCUUCUCCCCCUUUCCGUCCCGCCACGCCAGCCGCGUCCCGCACCCGGGCACGACAUCGACCAAUCACGAUGGAGGCGAGCCUAGCGAUGACCAUGAGGACCACCUGCCCCUUAGCGGCCUCUCCUCGACCAUGGCCUCGGUCAGGGGAGAGCAGGUGCAGAGCAUCAUCCUCACCGGGCCCAUACACCAAACCGACACGACAGACGACGAUCGCAUCCCUCCUUCGUCUCCAUCAGCAGGUCCCUCGACCGAUCGACCCGCAUCGGGCCUUCGAUCCCGCAUCGCCUUCGACGACGUCUACCUCAACGAGUUUGGCGAGCGCGUCGUCAAUGGCAAAGUCGUAGGCCGCAUGAGGGGCGGCAGGAGGCGCAUCGACCAAAAGACCGCCACGCCCGAGCCGCCAGACGGCAGCACGACAGGCGACAGCGCCCAGUCGCGUCCACUCACCUCGCUCGACUCGCCCUUCAAAGCGCCCGCAGCCGCUGCGCCCGCCGCCGCUGUCGUCGCUUCGCCCAUACAGCGGCAUGCCGAGACUAUGCGGCAGGGGACACCACCGGCCUUUUUCUUGCAAUCCUUUCCCGACGCGCUGCAACCCGGCCGGCGCGCGCCCUCGUCAAAGCCUGGUUUCCAACCUGCUGCGACCGUCACUCCCAGCGCCGAUGGCGCCGAAGGCAACCCCCCGGGCCCAGCGCUUCGAGCACCCAAGCCAACGGCCAGGGCGCUCAACUUUGGCGGUGACGACGGCAGCGAUGGACUGUCAUCGGACGACGACGACAUGGUCAGCGCCUCCUCGGAUGCCGCGUCAUCCUCAUCGGGCCACCAGGCGAGCGUCGCACCCAUGGCAAGCAGGGGUGCGGUCACGGCCGACCUGGCAUCCAGCGCCACCUUGACGGCGCCUGGCCCCACUUUCAUCGGCAUCGACCGGCCCACCAGCCGCAACAGCGUCGCGAGCACGUCAAGGGGAGGUAAUUUGAGGGGCGGCAAGCUUGAGAUCCCGUCCAUUUCGCGGCGGGCGACGCCGACCAUCGAGGUCAGCGCUACGCAGACGGAGCAUCUCACACUUCACGGCAACAAGCUGCAGGCGCGCCGCUCCGAGAGGGAGCUGGGCCGAGUCGAGGACAAGGUGUCGACCUACCGAUCGACAGCGGGGCCGCCGUCGUCGCCCCCGGCAGCACAUACGCUGGGGAGUCGGAUCGAGAGCCUGUUCCACACGCCACUCGUACCCCUCGCGACGGAAUCCUCCGCGCAGGCACCAGAAGGCACGUGGGAGGACCCGCCGCGGUGGUCUUCCCAACGUCACUCUGGCGCGGGGACGAGCAUCUCUGCGCCAUCAAGCCCGACAUUCGAGCCUCGGACGCGAGGUCACGACGACGACGACGACGACGAGGGUGGGGACGGAGAGAGGGCCUCUCUCGACUCGCUGCCCGCCUCGCUCCUCUCGCUACCAGUCUCUACCAUCACGUCGUCGUCGCAUUCCGCCAGUCUGGCAUCGAGUCUCGAACGACGACGCAGCGGCGGCGGUGGAUCGAUCUCGUCCAAUUCGAGGAGGAGAAGGGGUGGGCGUGGGAGGUCCGAAGAUGCCACCUCUACCGGUGGAAACGGGGAGAGGUUUGCGAGGGAUGUAGCAAUACGAGGCUGGAAGCAGGUCGGAUCCCAGGCGCGAGGCUGGGUCGUAUUUGAGAUCCGCAUCAUUUCCAAACAGGGAACGACGAUUACCAUUUUCCGAAGGUUCAGCUCCUUUGUCCGCUUACGACAGGUGCUUUGCAACGAAAUCAAGGACCAAGCGAGGUAUCUGCCCCCCCUGCCGUCGAAGCGAAAGGGCCUGCUGCACAAGUACGACCCAAGGUACCUCGAGGCGCGCCGGAAGUCGCUCCAAUCCUGGAUCCAGAUUGUCAUGCUCGACCGCAUCUGGGGCGCCAGCGACGGACUGCAACGUUGGGUCCUCGAGGGCGAAUGA